CUGUUCUUAGGUGCCGCCUGCCCGCUGCAUCCUGGGGCACGGACGGUUCACCCUGUGCAGGGGUGGGAAAGCAAGGGAGCCUGGCCCAGCUGGCAGGGCUCGCUGACCUGGCCUUUCCCAGCCCCCCCUUCUCGCUGCCCGGCCCGAUGCUCAGCCUAGGGCUGCGUGUGCCCAGAGGGUGGUGCCCCCGGCAGGGAAGGUGGCAUCACUGCAGAGCUCACCCCAGGCCACGCUACCUGCCCCAGGGACCCAGCCGGCCCCGCACGAGAAGGGACCGCUCCCCCCUGCAGGUGGCACAGGGCUGUGUCCGGCCCCAGCUCCCCCUGCCGGCUCCCCCUCCCCUCUGCCGGCCAGGCCUGAACGACUUCAGCUACCUGCACACCAACUGCUUCGAGGUGACGGUGGAGCUGUCCUGCGACAAGUUCCCGCACGAGUCCGAGCUGCCCCGGGAGUGGGAGAACAACAAGGAGUCCCUGCUGGUCUUCAUGGAGCAGGUCCGCCGCGGCAUCAAAGGGGUCGUUCGGGACAAGGACACGGAGCAGGGAAUUGCUGACGCCAUCAUUUCAGUGGACGGCAUCAACCACGACGUGAGAACAGGUAGCGCAGGGCUCUCCCUUGCAUGGCCCAAGAGCAAACCACGACCUGCGGAUAUGGGGACACUAGGGGAGCAGUCCUCCAGAGACUCCAGAGAGGGGGAUCCAUGGCCUGCGUUACAGGAGGCACCAAUGCCCGAGUUCUGA